AUGUUUUCGGAACAGGCAGAUCUGAACUACAGCUUCAACGUGAGCGACGUGUGGGAACGGGAUGACCUGCCGAGCGACAGGGAGACCCUCUCCCGGCCCGGCUUCAUCGUGCUGUCCGUGGUGCUGGGCUUGAUCAUGACCUUUGGGUUUCUCAACAACUUCAUCGUCUUGCUGCUCUUUUGCAAAUUCAAGACGCUGCGCACGCCGGUCAACAUGCUGCUGCUGAACAUCAGCGUCAGCGACAUGAUGGUGUGCGUGUUCGGCACCACGCUGAGCUUUGCCUCCAGCGUCCGGCGGAGGUGGCUCCUCGGCCGCCACGGCUGCAGCUGGUACGGCUUCAUCAACUCGUGUUUCGGUAUCGUGUCACUCAUCUCACUGGUGAUCCUCUCAUAUGACCGCUACAGCACGCUGACCGUGUACAACAAGCGUAGUCCAGACUACCGGAAGCCCCUCCUGGCUGUGGGAGGCUCCUGGCUGUACUCAUUGCUGUGGACGGUGCCUCCUCUUCUUGGUUGGAGCAGCUACGGCACAGAGGGCGCCGGAACGAGCUGCUCUGUGUCCUGGAAGGUUCGGACGCCCCAGUCACACGCCUACAUCAUCUGCCUCUUCAUCUUCUGCCUGGGUCUACCCAUCAUGGUUAUGGUCUACUGCUAUAGCCGGCUGCUCUGGGCCGUCAAACAGGUGGGGAAGAUCCGCAAGACAGCGGCCCGGCGGAGAGAGUACCACAUACUCUUCAUGGUUCUGACGACGGUGGUCUGCUACCUGCUGUGCUGGAUGCCCUACGGCGUGGUGGCCAUGAUGGCAACGUUCGGCCCGCCGGACAUCAUCAGCCCCGUGGCGAGUGUGGUGCCUUCCCUACUGGCCAAGAGCAGCACCGUCAUCAACCCUCUCAUUUACAUAUUCAUGAACAAACAGUUCUACAGGUGCUUCCUGAUUCUGUUUCACUGCAAGCGGCGGCUGAUGGAGAACGGACAGUCCUCGAUGCCCUCCAAGACCACCGCCAUCCAGCUCAACAACAGGGUCUACACUAACACGGUGGCGUGCACCGCCCAGCUCUCCACCGGGAUUCAAAACCAGGGGUGCAGCACCCUGGCCUCCGAGCGCAGCAACCCCCCAAAGUCUCCUUCUGAGCGCCGACAGCCUUGA